CCGGCGUUUGGCGGUUACAGAGCCUCCGCGGAAGUUUCUUACUAAAGAGAAGCCAGCAUAUUGGAGCAAAAUCUGGAUUGGGCGCGUUCCUAAGAAUUUAGGAGCGCUCUAGACUCCAAACCAGCGAACGGCACAUAAGAAAGCAGAGCCCAGCUCGAAGUUGGGUAAAACUUAGAACCAACAGUACUCGCACAGUGGCCCGGGGAGACGAAAGUCAAUCUCGUCUAACGGUUUUCCUGAACCGCUAGGACUCCUCAACCUCGGUGGCGGGACAGCAGAGCGCAGUGACUCACUGCCAGUGGUGACUCAGCGACCCCACCCAUCUCCCCUGGGCUUUCCUUGGCCACUUCCUUGCAGCUCCUUGUCCAAAGCCGGGCCCAGCCGGUUAGGUCCCUGAACAGGAACUCCUACUACAGGAGGACGAGGAAAGUUGGGGCCGGAUUGGUCCCGCUGUCCAAGCAGGCGUGCGCAAGGCUGCGCAGAGCCCAGAGCCCUGCGCCCCGGGCUGUGCGCGCCCCCACCUCGCGCUCCAAUCUCAGGCCCUCUUUGUUUCUUUCUCCACGCCUUCCGAUCUGCUGGAUCCCUCACUCCUCUCUUCCGGCUCCUUUACCCGCGGGGCCCCCCCACCCUCGCGCUUCCAGGCGACCGCAGCCAAGGGGCCGCGCGCCCCUCCCACCCGCACGCUUCCUCCUACGCCUCCCUAGCUGGCUGGGUGCCCGGGACCCUUGUGGUUCAGUCUAGGGAGGGCUCCCCCAUCACCGCGGGACCCAGCCUUUUUCAUCACCCAGAGGUGAGCACACCUCAGGCCAUCCUCAGGAAAGCCCCAAAAGUUCCAGUUCAGCCUCCAAGUUACUGGGGGACUGAGCAUAGUCCCGGUUGCGGAGGAGGGGGGAGGAGGGAGGCUCCCGGGCUCCCCCGCCCCAAACCCCAGGCCAGCCUUCCCGCCUCUCGCCGGGUCCCCAUUGGCUGGCGCACUCCGCCGCCGGGAUGGCAGUGGGAGGGAACGCUCCAUCCUAAGGCGGUUAUAAAAACUGCGCCCUCGGCGGGGUCCCGUCCUCUGCCACUCUUGCUCCGGGGUCCCCGCGCCAGAGACGCAGCAGCGCUCCCUUUGCCCACACCCACCGCUCCCUCGCUCGCCUCUCCUCCCGGAGCCAGUCCGCGCCACCGCAGCCGCCCAGCCCACUGCCACCUCUGCAGCCAUGUCCACCAGGACCGUGUCCUCGUCCUCCUACCGCAGAAUGUUCGGCGGCCCUGGCACCGCUAGCCGGCCGAGCUCCAGCCGGAGCUACGUGACCACGUCCACCCGUACCUACAGCCUGGGCAGCGCGCUGCGUCCCAGCACCAGCCGCAGCCUCUACACCUCGUCCCCGGGCGGCGUGUACGCCACGCGCUCCUCGGCCGUGCGCCUGCGGAGCAGUGUGCCCGGCGUGCGGCUGCUGCAGGACGCGGUGGACUUCUCGCUGGCCGACGCCAUCAACACCGAGUUCAAGAACACCCGCACCAACGAGAAGGUGGAGCUGCAGGAGCUGAAUGACCGCUUCGCCAACUACAUCGACAAGGUGCGCUUCCUGGAGCAGCAGAACAAGAUUCUGCUAGCCGAGCUCGAGCAACUCAAGGGCCAGGGCAAGUCGCGCCUGGGGGACCUCUACGAGGAGGAGAUGCGAGAGCUGCGCCGGCAGGUGGACCAGCUCACCAACGACAAGGCCCGCGUCGAGGUGGAGCGCGACAAUCUGGCCGAGGACAUCAUGCGGCUGCGGGAGAAGUUGCAGGAGGAGACGCUUCAGAGGGAGGAAGCCGAGAGCACUUUGCAGUCUUUCAGACAGGAUGUCGACAAUGCUUCUUUGGCACGUCUUGACCUGGAGCGCAAAGUGGAAUCCUUGCAAGAAGAGAUUGCCUUUUUGAAGAAACUGCACGAUGAGGAAAUCCAGGAGCUGCAGGCUCAGAUCCAGGAACAGCACGUCCAAAUCGAUAUGGAUGUUUCCAAGCCUGACCUCACGGCUGCCCUGCGUGAUGUCCGCCAGCAGUAUGAGAGCGUGGCCGCCAAGAACCUUCAGGAGGCGGAGGAGUGGUACAAGUCCAAGUUUGCCGACCUCUCCGAGGCUGCUAACCGCAACAACGAUGCCCUGCGCCAGGCCAAGCAGGAGUCAAAUGAGUACCGGAGACAGGUGCAGUCUCUCACCUGUGAAGUGGAUGCGCUCAAGGGGACCAACGAGUCUCUGGAACGCCAGAUGCGGGAAAUGGAAGAGAACUUUGCCGUGGAAGCUGCUAACUACCAAGACACUAUUGGCCGCCUGCAGGAUGAGAUUCAGAACAUGAAGGAAGAGAUGGCCCGUCACCUUCGUGAAUACCAAGACCUGCUGAAUGUCAAGAUGGCUCUCGACAUUGAGAUUGCCACCUACAGGAAGCUGCUGGAAGGAGAAGAGAGCAGGAUUUCUCUGCCUCUUCCAAAUUUUUCUUCCCUGAACCUGAGGGAAACCAAUCUGGAAUCCCUCCCUCUGGUUGACACCCAUUCCAAAAGGACACUUCUGAUUAAGACGGUUGAGACCAGAGAUGGACAGGUUAUCAAUGAAACUUCCCAGCAUCACGAUGAUCUGGAAUAAGAACUGCAUGUACUCUGUGCAGCGAAAUAUUACCAGCAAGAAUAAAAAAGAAAUCCGUAUCUUCAAGAAAUAGCUUUCAAGUGCCUUUCUGCAGUUUUUCAGGAGCGCAAGAUAGGUUUGGAAUAGGAAUAAGCUCUAGUUCUUAAAAACCAACACUCGUAAAAGAUUUAGGAAAAAAGUUUACAACAUAAUCUAGUUUACCGAAGAAGCCUUGUGCUAGAAUACUUUUUAAAAAGUAUUUUUGAAUACCAUUAAAACUGCUUUUUUCCAUCAAAUAUCUGACCAACUUGUUUCUGCUUCAAUAAAUCUUUGGAAAACUC